AUGGAUAAAACAAACAUGAAUAUAUCAUCAUUCAAUUUUCCUAUAAUACCAACAGAAUUUUUUUAUUUUUCGUCAAAUUUAAUUGAUGAUAAUAUUCAUACAAUAGAUAAUCAAACAUUAUCAUUAUUACAAUUUAAUUAUCAAUGGAUAUUUUCAUUAUUUAUACUUUCAUUAAUUGGUAUUUUAUUAACAAUAAUUAUAUCAUUUUUAUGUUUAUAUUUCUCAAUACGUCGUUUAAAUUUAACAAAUUUAUAUCUUUGUUUUAGUGUAUGUUUUAUUUAUAUGAUUGUUAUCUUGUUUUUAAUACGUGGUAAUGAAUUAUUUUGUGGUUUAAGAGAAUUUUUAUCACAAUUUUCAUAUGUUUUAAUUUAUUCAGCAUUAUUAUGUCGUUAUAUUAUGAAAUGGUUAUCAACAAGAAUAUUAUCAAAACGUACAAAACAAUUAACAUCUUUAUUAAUUUAUUUAUUACUUAUAUCUAUACAAAUACCAAUUGGUAUACUUUGGUGGUAUUUUACUAUUCCACGUUUUUGUCAACAACAAACAAUAAAUGAAUAUGGUAAAUUAAAAUUUCAUUUUCAAAAACAAAUAUCAUCAAUAAAACCAUGUUCAUUUCAAUGUAUUGUUGAUUAUCGAUUUUAUGCGACAUAUACAUAUAUAAUAUUAGAAUUAUUUCUAUGUACAAUAAUAUCAAUAUGUUUAUUUUUAUGUCGUCAUUGUCAUUGUGAUAAAAAUGAAAAAGAUGAAUUAAUACUAAUAAAUAAUAAUCGUAACAAAUUAGUAGCAUUUUUUAAUAUGUUUGCCUUUAUUUUAAUUGAUAUAACAUGGACAAUAUGGACAUUUAUUUACCAUUUUACUCAUCCAUAUUAUGCAUAUCCCUCUAUUGUUAUUGGUAUGUUUACAAUAGGAACAAUAUGCCUAUUAUUUAUUCUUAUACCACAAGUAUAUUUUUAUUCGAAAGCUUCAAUGAAUGAUAUUAAUAUACCAAAAAUAGUUAUAUUUAGUAAUAAAUUCACAUCAGUAGACAGUAUAAAAGAUAAUGAUUCACUUCUUGAUGAAAAAUUUACAGAUCAAUCUAGUUCAAAAAAACGUAAAAAAUUAUCAAAUGGAAGUGAAUUAUCUUAUGAAUUAGCUGCUAGUGGAACAUUUUUACCAAUUACACGAACACCUAAAGGACCAUUUAAAGUUCUAAAUAAAGAUAAAGCAAUAUCAACUGAAAAAUUUCAUAAAUUAAUUUAUGAUAAACAUUCUAAUACAGUAAAAAUAUUAAAUAAUCAUGAUCAAUCAACUAUACAUGAAAAUGAAACGAAUAUACCGAUAAAUCAGAGAAUAAAUCAACAAGAACAACUAAAAUCAUCUAUAACACCAUCGCAACAUCAAUUAACAUCAAAUAAUAAAUCUUGUGAUAUGAUGAAUUCAAUUGUAAAAAGAGAACAUCUCUAUCCAUCGAAUUCAAAUAUUCAAUCAUCUUCAUCUCCAAUGUAUUAUUCAUCACAUACUCCUCCUCAUUAUGAUGAAACAAUUGUACCAAUUUUAUGUAGUUCACAACGUUCUCAAACAUCAACACCUGUUAAAACACGUGUAGUAGUUAAAUCAUCAUCAUCAUCUGUACCAAUAACACGUCGUAUUUAUUCAAAUAUUGAUCAUCAAUAUAUUCGACAUCCAUAUUAUCAUGUAUUUCCUCCUCCGAUAACUCCAUUUUAUUAUUCAUCGGAAAUACAACCAGAAGAUUUCUCCAUUGAUCAUUAUCGAACAAUAUCAACAUAUCCAGGUGAUCAUUUAGGACAAUCAAUUUUAUCUUCAUCUUAUCGUUAUCCAUAUUUAAAUCCUCGAUUACAUAUGGAUAAUCGUUCAUUAUCACAACGUUUAUGGGAUAUUGAUAGUGGUGACGAUGAUGAUGAAGUUCAAGAAAAUAUUCUUCAUAUUCAUGGUUAUAUAACACCAAUGAAAGAGCGUUUAAAAGAUUUUCGUUCAAAUCAAAUUGAAAGUGAAGCCCAUACUAUAUUACAUAUUGGUAAUGAUAAUGAUGAAGAAGCAAAUUCAUUUAAUAAAAAACUUGUGUAUAAAUGA